CUCUCUCAGUGCUCCAAAUUUCGUCAACUGCCAACUCAGGAUCGCAGAAAGUUUGUGAGAGAACACAACCUCUGUUUUAAUUGCCUAUGUCAGACCCACUUGAUAAAAGACUGCUCAAGUAAAUAUACUUGCUCCCAUUGUCAAGAACGGCAUCACUCAAUGCUUCAUGAAGACACGCCCCCCAUGCCGCCAAGACAGCAGUCUCGAACCCAAAGAACGACAUCUCAGGUCGCUCUGACGACGCCCACUAAUUCCAACCCACAAAAUUCAGCUGGGUCGGAAACAACUCAUGAGGAGCCUUCUUCCUCAAAUAGAGCAAGAGUACAGUCGUUCUACUCGGAAAAUGAGAGCAAGAUUCUCCUUCCCACAUCAAUGGUGCCAGUUGAACACAGGGGCGAGAUCUUCAAACUCAGAGCUCUCAUAGAUCAGGGUUCGGAACGAACUUUUAUUUCCUCAAAAGCUCAAAACAAACUAAGGCUACCGUACCAAACUUCUAACUUUGAAAUUUCUGGCAUGGGAGGCAGAGUUGUUCAGACCACGAAAAUAAAGGCUCAAGCAAUAGUACUAUCCCAGUUAACGAAAAUGCUUCCAAAAUUCCAGCCAACUCUCGAACAACGAGAAAAAUGGUCUCACCUCCAGCUAGCAGAUACUAACUGCCACUCCCCGUCCCAAAUUGAUCUGGUCAUUGGCAGUGACCUCAUUCCUGAAAUAAUGCUGGAAGGCUUUGAGAAAAUUUCCAAAAAUUUGCUUGCACAAAACACCAUAUUCGGCUGGAUCUUAAGUGGUCAAUUUCCCGAAAAAAUAGCCUGUUUCUCUACUCAAGCUACACCGAUCUCCAAUGAGGAUUUAGAUUCCCAGCUGCGAAAGUUUUGGGAGCUAGAAGAGGUUCCGAAAUCCAAGCUUACUUCGCCUGAUGAUGAAAAUUGUGAAAAAUUCUAUCAGUCCACCACCACACGAGCAGCGGAUGGUCGUUAUGUAGUCAGACUGCCCUUUAAGCCAAGCUUCCCAGACCCUAUCUCCCUUGGCCCGUCUCGCACCCCCGCCCUCCAACAGUACCUGAGCAUGGAAAGAAAUUUGCUCAGAAAAGGCGAUCUAAAAUCACUUUACGAAAAUGUAUUAAACGAAUAUCUCACCCUCAACCAUAUGGUAGAGCUGGGAUAUUAUCGAUAGUAACAUCGAUAGUAUCGAUAGUUAAAAACUGUCGCCACUAUCGAUCGUUUUUGAAAACUAUCGAUGUCAGUUUUAGCAAGACUUCAGAAUGUCUCUUCAUUACAUCUCUACAUUAAUUAAUUUUUUUUUAUGCAAGAAAAUUCACAACACAGUCGGGAAAAA